GCAAACACUCUCUUUCUCUCUCUCUCUCUCUCUCUCUCGUUCUUUGUUUCUUUCUUUCAUUUCUUUCCUUCGUUUUUUUCUUUUUACAUUUGGCAUUGGUUCUCUUUCUGUGGCGAUGACGGAACCGAUCGAGCCAAGCACAUCGUCGUCAAUGAGCACGGUGUUUCUUCACCCUCGGCGCGAGCCCUUCGAGCACGGCCUCUUACCGAUCCCGAAGCUCAUCUUCUCCGACCCCGCGCAAACCCUAAUUUCGCUGAAGCAGAAGCUUCUUGAGCUCUCCUCCGGCGGCAAAGUCGAUCCGGCGGCGAUCUCCGAGUCUCUUCAGAUCUCGCUGGACCACGCCAGGCUCGUCCUUGACACGCUUUCCUCCGUCCUCCCAUCUUCGGAGACCGAGCCACCCACCGCCGAAGUCUCCGCCGUCGACUUGCAUGAUCUGUUGCUGUUCCUGUACAUUCAAUCCUACAAGAGGCUCCUGCCGCGCACGCACAAGGACUCCGUCGCCGUUGCUGACGUCUGGCCUUCCACCUCCGCCUUCGAUGGCUACUUGUCCGCUCUCUCGCCGCUUCAGCUUGUUCGGAGCAACAGCCGGCGGUUUAUGCCGUCACAGGCUGACGAGGAGGCGCAUCAAUUGUCAUACCUGCAGAAGCACUUGGCUAACAUUCUGUCUCUCCUAGCUGAGCCCGUGGAGGGGGAAGGGGAAGAAUCUCUGGUUUUAUCCAUGGAUAGAUUUGAACACCUUGGGUUUCUAGUUCAGUUUGGUGAUAAGGGAUCUGAAGGAAAUUCUUUGAGUCAACAUUCUCCUUUCUUUGCAAACUCAGAUCCUGACAUGCCAGCUGUUCCUGCUCCUGCUGCACAAGUUCAUGAUUGGCUUCUGCAGAAUAUAACAUCUGCAUUGGAACACAUUUCUGAACGGACUUCUUCCAAGGAAAAUGGCCCAGCUAGUGCCUCUGACCAGGAUGUUGCUAUGACUGAUGCAUGCAAUGCCCCAGUAAAGGUCUCAACAAGUACUAGAGCUCCAAGUUUCAUUGAAGGGGUUUCUAAAUCUUCAUAUGUGAAGCAUGCAUCUGACAUUAAAGGUUCCUCUGUUAAGGUUGUAAAUUGCCAUGAGUCAGCCAUCUACAUUUUAGCACCUUUGCGAUAUGCCACUGUGUAUGGAUGCUCAGAUUCUACAAUAGUUCUGGGAGCAGUUGGGAAGGCUGUAAGGGUAGAGCAUUGUGAACGAGCUCAUGUGAUUGUUGCAGCAAAACGUAUUUGUAUUGCUAAUUGCCGUGAAUGUGUCUUCUUUUUGGGGGUGAAUCAGCAACCUCUUAUUCUUGGUGAUAACCAUAAGUUGCAGGUGGCUCCCUAUAACACAUUUUACCCACAAUUGGAGGAGCAUAUGAACGAAGUUGGAAUUCUGCCCACAGUGAACCAAUGGGAUAAUCCUAUAGCACUGGGCAUGGUGGAUCCUCAUGAUUCACUAUCUCACCCUGCAGGUGUUGCUGAUGUUCAAGCAGAGUCCGCAUCACGGGUGGAUCCUGAUCAGUUCACAAAUUUUGUGAUUCCAAACUUGUCUGAAGAGUCAACUGGAUCUACAAAAGCCAACCCAUUUACAUUACCAGAUGCUUAUAUGGCAUCUCAGCAAAGAAAUCAAAAAAAUUUAGGGGAGAUAAGGGAACUCUUGCGUGAAGCACCUUUAGAAGAUAAUCGUAAACGGGAAUUGUCAUCAGCUCUCCAUGUGUACUUCAAGGACUGGUUAUAUGCUUCUGGCAAUAUUCGUCAGCUUUACUGUCUUCAAGGCGAUUAAUCUCUGUUAGAUGAUGCAGUGUCAGCAGUUAAUGAUAGUACAGGACCAAGAUUUCUGGUUUCCUUUUUGAACCCCCUCUUCAAUUCCUCUUGCCAAUUCUAUUGGCACCAUAGGUAGCUGAGAUCAGACGACGUGAAUUAGAAUGCCGUCCUAUUUAUGCGGUGACAUCACCGGUGCACGAAAUGGAAUGAAAAAUACAAUUGCUAAUCUGAUUGUAAUUUUUUCUUUGUUUGUGAAAAUAAUUACUGUAAUAUUUUGUUAGCCUAAAUUAAUGGCCUUUGUGAAAA